AUGGCACCUUCCGCAAUAUUCCCACCAGAGAACUUGCCCUCUACUAAAAGUCUGGCUGCUUUCAUCGACAACGACGAACCCAAAUCCUCCAAGUCUCUCCUCCCGCCUGUCCUCGAGUAUGACGCGGCAACAUGCACCUCCUCCGGCUUGGUCACCGCCCUCAAAGUGUCUGGAGGCGUCGUUAUCCGAAACUUUUUAACCCGUGAAGAGACUCGUGAGAUCGAGGCCGAUGUUCGCCCAUGGUUGGAUAAAGAUGCCCCCUGGGAUGGAGAUUUCUUCCCGCCCGAAACACGAAGAGCUUUUGGUCUUAUUAGCAAGUCCAAGACAUUCGCGCUGAGGGUCGUUGGUCAUGAGCUCUGGUUGGAGGUGGUCGAUGCCUUAUUGACAAGUGAGAGUAUCAAUAAUUGGAUUGGAGAAAAGCGAGAACAGAGCGUCUCAAAGCCCCAGCUCAAUAAUACCAUUGUGUUCAGCAUUGGGCCUGGGGCACGAGACCAAGCUCUUCACAGAGAUGAUAUGAUCCACCACCGCGACCACCGCGCCAUCGCAAAGCGCGAAAUGGGCCGCGACGCCGGGAUUGGUUUAUUCGUCGCCGGAAAGAAGACCACCCGACAAAACGGCGCCACGCGCUUCAUACCUGGCUCGCAUCUCUGGGACUACAACGAGGGUCCGCCGCGCGAAGACCAGACCUUCUACGCCGAAUUAAACCCGGGCGACGCAUUCAUGGUCCUAUCGGGCUGUUUUCAUGGCGGAAGCACCAACAAGACAGAAACCGAGGAACGCUUGGUGUUCUCGUGUUUCUUCACACGUAGCUGGAUGAGGCAAGAAGAGAACCAGUAUCUUGCUAAUGAUUGGGAAAAGAUUCGCGAGUUGCCGGGUUGGCUACAGCAGCGUGUUGGGUGGGGAUUGUCGAGGCCCUUUUUGGGCUGGGUCAAUUUGAACGAUCCGAUAGUGCUUUUGCAUCCUGGUGAGGCUAAAUACAAAGAUUUAUUUUGA